AUGGACGAAGACGACACAUUUACCUGUCGAAUACAGUAUAUCAACGAUGCGGAUCCAUUCGCCACCACAUCAUCUUCAUAUCUCGAACCGAUGCGACCAGUGACUUUUAAAUUCAGACUACACGAAUGUAUCAGCGACCAACUACAAGAUGUGAUCCGAACCCUUCGAGCCCCUCAUAAAGCCGGUGAUUCCUCUCUCCAAGUAUAUCGUGGACUGGAAGGUGGCGGUGGAGAGCUGCAUACAUAUCUGGAUAACGAUAUGACAUUAUCCGAUCAGCAGGAAGAGCUGGAUAUUCUAAAAGCUGAUACAAGGCGAUGCAGUUUGGUGCUCAGAACACAGACGUCGUUACGAGUCAAAACGAUUAUUGACAAGCUUCUAAAUUGUUCCGGACGUGAUCAACGACGCGCACUAUUCUCCUUGAAGCAGAUUUUCCAGGAUGAUCAAGAUUUGGUCCAUGAAUUCGUACAGAAUCAAGGGUUAGAUUGUAUGAUACGAUUGGGAAGAACAGCUGAUCAGAAUCAUCAGAAUUACAUUUUGAGAGCUCUUGGGCAGUUGAUGCUUUAUGUCGAUGGAAUGAAUGGAAUUAUUGCACAUAAUGGGACGAUUCAGUGGUUAUAUGAGUUGUUGGAUUCACCGUUCCGAUUGGUAGUGAAAACCGCACUGAAGCUACUGCUGGUCUUCAUUGAAUACAAUGACAACAAUGCACUUCUCGUACUUUCUGCUAUUCAAACCGUCGAUAAAUCUAAAGGACAAGCAGAUUGGUCAGGACUUAUGAAGGUCUUGACAGAGAAGGAUUCACCGGAUGCGGAGACGUUGGUUUAUGGAAUGACAGUUGUCAAUAAAGCGCUGCACGGAAUUCCGGAUAGAGUGAAGCGAGAGGAAGAGGAGAGACGGCGGAUAACGGAAGAAGAGGUGGAGACGCAGAGGCGGAGAGAAGAACGUGAAGUCAGGUUUGUGGCGAUUUUUAUGGCAUGGUUGAUUACUGUAGUAGCAUGGUGGUGGUAUCCAAGAACAUUCCACCACCGAUUCAAUUGGUCCAAGAGAACCAGGAGAAUGAGAUUCCAAAAGAAACAGAAGACGAAAAAACUCGUCAAAGCUCCACCUCCAUCAUUCCCCACAGUUUUCUCGCCCACAGAAGCAAAAACAAUGGAUUUCUCAGAAAUUCCGGAGCCAGCUGUAGAAGAAGCGCCUCCACCACCAAGAGCCAAAAUCGAACAAGCCGACGUCGGAAGUGGUAAUAGUUUUGCUGACAUGCUCCAGAAACGGGCGGCUCGAUCGGCUGCGGCGAAUCUUGGAGCAUUUGAAAAGAAGGAAUCAGAGGCGGAACUGCAAUGGAAGAAGGCUGCGGAGAAUUUGGAGAAACGGCCACUUAUUAUUAAUGAUUUGGAUUUCUCCCAGUUCCAUGGAGUGGAAUAUCAACAGGAUCCAUUACAGUUGGCUAGAAUGGCAAAGAUGAAGGAGAUGGCUGAGAAUGGAGGAAGAGGAGGACCAAUAGGUGUUGGAAUCCCACCUCCACCACCACCGCCAUCAGCGAUUCCACUGCCACCGAGAUUGCAAGGAGGAAUUCCACCACCACCUCCACUUGGCAUCAUUCCACCUCCACCACCACCGGGAAGUCUUAUGAUGAAUGGAACGAAUAGGGGCGAUAUCAGUCCAGCCGCCAAUAAGGGAGUUUUGAAACUUCAUUGGAAGCCAGCAACUGUUGAGCAACCAUCCAUUCCAUCAUUGAAACAAAAAGGAAGCUUCUGGAAUACUGUAGAUGGAGCUGUGCCGACUUUUGAUGCCAAAAAGAUUGUGCAAUUAUUCGAAACCAAGAAGGAGAAGGAGGCUACGAUUAAGGCUAUCGCUGAAUCCAAAACCCAAACAUUAUCUGUUCUUCCAUUGAAACGAUCACAAGGUAUCAAUAUCGGACUGACCAAACUGCCUCCAAUUAACUUGAUCCCUGGCGCUAUUAUGAAAUUCGACAACACGCUGCUUAACAAGGAUGGAAUUGAAAAGAUUCUCAAAACGAUGAUGCCAUCGCCGAAAGAAGUAGAAGAGAUUGAAACCAAGGCAGCCGAGAAUCCAGAGAUGACACUGGGAAACGCUGAGCAGCUUCUUUUGAAGCUAUCUCAGGUUCCAUGUCUUCUGGAACGACUUCGUCUUUGGUUAUUCACUUUGGACUAUAAAAAUGUGGAGAAAGACAUUGCGGAACCAUUGAUGGAUAUGCAAUUGGCAAUGAAAGAAAUGGAGGAAUCGAAAACGUUCAAAGUGGCAAUGGGAAUGCUUCUGGCCAUUGGAAACUCGCUAUCUGGAACUGAUAUCAAAGGAUUUUAUCUGGAUUAUCUGACCAAAGCAUCAGAAGUCAAGGAUCCCGUUUAUAAGCACACAUUGACUUAUCAUUUGGCUGAGUACAUGGUUGAACACUAUCCAGAAGGCUCCGAAUUAUACGACGAGUUUGGCGCAGUGUCAAGAAGUGCAAGAGUGGAUUAUAAGGAAUUGUUGGAAAACCUUCAGAAGCUGGAAAAGGAUUGCAAGAGCUCUUGGGAGUGUUUGGCUACGAUCAAUGUGGCGCAGAGAAUCCAUCAGCUGAAGGCAAUUUAUACUGUAACCAAGAACAGGUGGCACGCUUUCCUACUGUACUUUGGAUAUUCGGUUGAUGAGAUUCCAAAUCAAACACCCAACGAUGUAUUCAAGAUGGUUACGGACUUUGCUUUGGAGUACCGUACCACUCGGAAUAAGAUUCUCCAACAGAAGAAACGGUUGGCAGAAAAGAGAGAAAGGAAUAAGACACGAGGAAAGAUUUGGGCGCUGGAAGGAAGUUCAGAUGGCGGGGCAGCUGGAGAUGCGGCUCCGUUGAGAAGAAGAAAUCAUGGAAACCCUCCACCAGUGGUUCAGAAUACUCAGCAGAGACACGACGAGAUGUCAAAGAUGUUGGCUGCAAUGGCUGAUGAGAGUACGUUGAGAAGAAGGGCUCCGGCGGCGACCAAUGGAGUCAAGAGCUUUGGUGGAAGUGUUAAAGAUCUCGUGGACACUGAAUCACCAGAAGAUGAGAUUCUGAACGGGCUUGUCAAAGCGGCGACACUUCAGACGGAUCCAAGAGAUCAAAGACGAAGAGCCAGGCAGUUCAAUCGGAAAUCACUCCGUCGCACCCGCACUCUGAAAAUGGUUGAUGGCCAACUGGAGACGUGCAACUACUGA